AUGGCGCAUCGGUUCCGGUCCUUGAUCCGAUUUCGGCUUGCGGGCCGGUUUGACAGUGAUAAGUUGGGAUAUGUGAGCGCGUUUCUUUCUGUGCGGCAGCGUGAUAUCGGUACAGGCAACCAGCAAGAUCAGGAUGAAGAGGAGGGCCAGAACGAGGGAAGAGUUGCAGGAGAGAAGACUACGAAGCGGCGGACGAUGACCGUUCGAGAGAUCCAAGAGUUCACUUUACCACUUGUCAUCCACACCAACUCCCCCUCAUACCACCAGGUCGCAAACAACGACCAAUUCGCCCACCAGAUCCAAUUCCGACAACUCGACAUCCUCCGCUCCCUUGGUCAGCUUAUCGUCCUAAAUGCCAAUCAUUGUUCGGAUUUCAUGAAGAUCGCUCCUCAGAUCCCUUGUCAUUUGUUGAAGCGACUGGAGACGCUCAAGUAUGUCCAGGGGUCCCUCGAAGGGAACGUAGAAUUGUUUCUGAGACGGUGUCGCGGUUUGAAGGAUCUUGAUUUCGCCUCGUUUCACAGGGAUGUCUUUUCAUGGGCGGUCUUUGAGAAGCAGCAACGACUAGAGCAACAACAACAACCACGGACGCCAUUACAGCCAACAACAGCAACAGUAACAGUGACAUCCCUAACGACACCACAACUCUUCUCGACAGACCUAGUCCAGCUCCGAAAGCUGCACCUUGCAACCUCACAAUGGUACGUUGGCCGAUCCAUGCAUUCCAUCACCUUUGCAUUCAGCCACAGUCUAGAAGACCUCCUCCUCAACGUCUACGACCACAAGCUCCUUCGAACCGUCUUUUGCGCCCAUACCCUCGCCCGACUCGAAGCCUCACAAACCCGCGACACGCCUUUCCAGAUCGACUCCUGUACUCUCGCCAUGCCUCGGCUCAAGAAGCUUCGUCUCCUAAGGGUUAAUGAGGGUAUUGUUAUUGGACCUGCGCCGUUUGAGGGUACUGAGGAUCCCUUUGUUGAAGGCUCUGGAGUUGGAAUUGGCGUCGCAUCGGCUUAUCAGAUUGGGUCUCUGCAGCACUCCCCGCUGCUAGAGACGCUGGUCUUGGUCGAUCCUCUCCCUGCGACCUUCCCACCACCACCUGGCGAUGGUGGCUUUGGCGAUAUCUUCAGCUCUACAGAACGACCACUUGGGUUCUCUCUCUGCUGGACAUGGACACUGAACCACCUGACAAAGAUGCACCUUGCAGGCCAACCCGCCUUCCACUUCCGCUUCGAAUGGAUCCGACGUUGUCCUUCCCUGAAAACCCUCACCAUCGACGGACUCUUACCCUCGACCUACCUCCACCACCCAGACCCAGCAGACCCACAGGAUCACAACUCUCAAGGACGACUUGAAGAUAACAUCGAUAAUGGUAUUGCCUGUGGAAAUCAUCUCCACAACUGCGAACUCAUCAUCUACAGCCGAAACCGCCAACUCUACCAAUCGAGAUCCGCACUCGCAAGAGUCCUAGAAACCUACUGCCCGAACGUCACGCGUCUCAAAUUAACCGGACGCCCCACCGCCGCCGCCGCCGCCGCAACGACAACGGAAACGGCAACGGCUACAGUGACAACAAGCCAGGAAGAUUCCUGGGAACACAUCGAUCUCGGGACCGCACUUUUCGCAUCCAAGAACCUGCCACACCUUACCCUCCUGGUAUCCAGAAUCGGGUCUGGUCCAUGUCUCCACACCCUGACCGAGCAGUACAGUUUGGUCAGGGGUACGAAUGUUGUUCAAAGGACGACCUCUACACCUGCUCGUCAAGGUCAGACCGGUGUUGGUGCCGUGGUUGCACUAUGGUGUCGAAGUAUUCCGUUCAAGGAUCUUCAAAUCGAGAUUGAGGAUCGCGGCGGUAAUGGAUGUAGUCGUUUCCGACAACGUGCGUCCCCGGCAUCUCUAUGGUGA